GAGAGGAAAGAAGAAUUGAGAAACAACGCAUCGUCUGAUCCAUAGAUGUGAUUUGAGGACUAUUCACUGCCCACCAUGAAUAAACCUGUUUAGCUCGUGUCUUACCAGAUGUAACACCCCGUGUCUCUUUCCUAUAUUUCUGCUGAGGUCACAGACAACUACACUCUAAUUGGGUUUCUCCUUUCAUCCCCUCAUCAUGGUGGAAUACUACCAGGUGUUAGGAGUACGGAGGGAAGCGUCUGCGGAUGACAUAAAGAAAGCGUACAGGAAGUUGGCCCUGAGAUGGCACCCUGAUAAAAACCCAGAGAACAAGGAGGACGCUGAAAAGAAGUUCAAGGAGCUGUCAGAGGCUUACGAAGUCUUGUCAGAUGUAAACAAGAGGAGCAUAUAUGAUCAAUAUGGCAAAGAGGGACUGACGGGGAAUAAUGGAGGAAGAGGGGGUCACUUCCACAAUGGAGAUCAUUUCCAUGAUCAAUUCACAUUCCGCAACCCAGAAGAUGUCUUCAGGGAAUUCUUCGGUGGCAGGGACCCAUUUGCCAACUUUUUUGGUGCAGAUCCUUUCAGUGAGGAUCCUUUUUUUGGCAGCAGCCGGCAGCACCAAAGUCGGGCAAAUCGCCAUAGGACAGGUGGCUCAUUUUUUGGAGGCUUUGUUGGUUUUCCACCCUUUGGUGCUGGCUUUUCACAUUUUGACCCGGGCUUUGGUUCUUUUGGCACCAUGGGCACCAUGGGCACCAUGGGUCAUAUGGGUCACAUGGGUCACAUGUCACCAAUGGGCAGUCUGGGAGGUGGAGGCUUCACCUCUUUUUCCUCCACAUCCUUUGGGGGAGGAGGAGGUGGAGGAGGGAUGGGCAACUUCCGCUCUGUGUCCACUUCCUCCAAGAUCAUCAAUGGCAGGAAGAUCACUACUAAAAGAAUUGUGGAGAAUGGUCAGGAGCGGGUGGAGGUGGAGGAGGACGGGCACUUGCGGUCAUUAACCAUUAAUGGUAUGGAGCAGCCACUGCGACUGGAACACAAGUAAAGACCCUAACAUCCUCUGCUGCAGAAGUGUUACCUCAGCACAAACUUACCAAUAAACUUGAGCUUCAACUGGAGGAAAAAAAGCAACAAAACAAUGUAAUGAUAGUGCUCUACUAUUGUUUGGAUGUACAUAUUUAGGUUGUGUUUAUUUCCCCUCAUGUCCUCUCCCUGCUGACUCUCCUUUGUUAAUAACAAUUCAGAUCAGAGGAUUUGGAUGCAGACCUUUCUAUGCAUUUUGUUAAUGCAUUUAUGAAUUGGAGCUGUCAUUAUAUUUUAGCUCAGGGUGGUGUUAUUGUUUUAGUGUUUGGGACCACAGUAUUGUUCUGUUGUACUGUAUAGCUGCUUUCAGACAUGCACUGAGCUCCCGAAAACAUCCGGACAUUCUUCGGAGGGGCUGUAUUUGAGAAUGCAAAUGACAGAAUGAGGCGAGAAGUUUCUCAGGCCAGUCCCCUUGUAAAAACUCAGCAGAAUGUCCAAAGGAGCUGAUGUGAGAACACAGCAGGAGACCCCCCGCCUCAUUCACUACAAGUAAGUGGGUGUGUUGAUCACGCGACAGAAGCAGAAAUAAGAAAGAAAAACCUGUGGAUGAAAAAGUGGUGCCAUACAAUAGGACGUCACCAUCUAAGAUGUCAAGAUAAUUUUUGGUGAUGAGGGCUGGUGUUGAUGUGCUGUAAAUAAAUACACAAGAUCUCUGGAGCGGAAUGAGUCUGUUACAUCCUGCCUCUGCCUGCUGCACACCCCUCACCUGAACACUCGGGAGAUUUGUGUGUUGUUGUGAACACGUCUGAGCCAAGAAUCUUAGCUGCGUUGUUUAUGUGUGAAAUGCAACCUCCGAAGAAAGUCCAGACCCAAUUCUACAGACAUCCUCCAGAGUUCAUGUCUGAAAAUGGCUUAUAUGACCAGCCCCUUCCCCCUUCCAGUACUUUGUGUAUGCACUCCAUUGGCGUCUGUCUGUCUGCCAACAGCACACAUGCUGUGUUCAGAAACACAACUUUGUUUUUUCAUCUUAAUGUAUAAAAAAAGUUGAAUUUGGUUUUCCACAGUGGAUCAAGUAAAUAAUUGAAGCAUCUCUCCUGUCUGUGUUUACUGCUUGUCUAACCCUUUUCUUAGUAAUAAUUAUUUUUUAUUAAAAAAUACAAUGCUGGUAGGAUGAGUUAUGCAAUUUUAUAUGUUAUAAUUCCAUUGUGGUUUUUUGUUUAUUUAAUUAUGCAUGUACACCUGUUGAUGUUGAGUCUUAAUGUUAAAGCUGCAUUAUGAUGCACAAAUAAUGGAAAGCAGUCUAUAAAUGAUAUAUGAAUACAGAAGGAAUUUUGUGUACUUUGUAAACCAAUGAAUCUGAGUUUCAGCCUGUUUUCAGGACACUGACAUCAUAGCUGCUCGCUGCUCUGUUAGAUACUUAGUAAGUGAAUUCACCAACAAUCUAUAGUCUGACCUUCAACUUGCAUUGGUUUAUAACCAAAUUGUCAGUGCUCACAGUUCAAUUUCACUUCACUUUCUGAAAUUAACAUGAUUGUUCAUGAUUUUACACAAAACAAAUCAAUAAAACAAUUGUGACUGAAUUAAAGUCACUGAGCUGCAGUGCUAACAGGUAAACAGCUAUUUUGAAUCACAUCAUCUGUGUAACAUGACCUCAUCUGAGACCCCAGAGUUAGGAACACGAGAGAUGAAUGUGUGCAACACUUUAGCUUGCAUUCAAGUACACCAUGUGUUUUGAAAUUAAAUAUGUUCAACAUGGUAACAUCUGUUACUCAACUCUCACAACUCAACUUGGGUUUCGUUGCGUCAUGAAAGUUUACUUUGCAUAAAUACUCAAAGCUGUCGCACACUUCAAAAAACAACGAUGGCCUGAUGUACAGAUGGUGCUCAAAAAGAUUACUGAACUUUAAAAAAUGUAAUAAUUUAGCAUAAAACAAAACACUUAAACCCUGGCAUUGAAUUACCUUAUGAAUUGUAAUGUGUUUUUUUGUCUUUUAUUGAUCAUGAGGACUUUCUACCAUGUUUGAUUUCCACAUUUUUUGUAUAUGUAUAGAAUAUUUCUCUGUGACAAAAAAAAUAAAGUUAUUUAAAAAGG